AUGAAAGUCACACAGCUGAGGCUCUCGCCGCCGUUCCUUGAGGACAUCGCUCAGACCCUGGCCAAGGCGCUCCCCUCAAACUAUAUCACCUCAUCGGCCACAGUCACCGACCUGCGCCAGGCGCCCUUCAAGGUCACCGGCGAGGGUCUCACCGGGUCCGAGACUGCUGCCGACAUCGGUGGCCAGGUUGACCUACUCCCCCAGCCAUAUCUCCACAAGACCUACUCGCUUAUCGAGACCGCUAAGCUCAUGGGUCUGUCUCCAGGAAAGGGAGCCAUUAUCGGGGCAGGGGCUGGCCCCUUUCUCGUUGACGGCACCAACUCAGAACUCGCCCACCAUCUCAGCUGGGGGAACGGUUUCGACAGCGUGACGAACCUGACUCGGGCCGCCCAGCUAAGAAAAGAGGGCAGUGCGUUGCCGGUCUGCUGUCCCUUGUCUGGAAGUACCGACUCUGGCCUGAUGAUGAAUCUCUACGGAUCGAAAGGCCUUCCGGGACCGGUGAUCAAGCCCAGCGCACGCGGUCGCCAGGGUGAUGUCAGCAGCUGUGCGGAUUUCAUCCGCCAGUCCCUCGCAAAAGCCUAUGGUGUAGAUCUCCAGGUCUCCCUCAGGAGCGUGUUCAUCAUAAAGUCAGGCAAGGCCAAGUUCCACGUCAUACCACCAUUCCCAAAGGUCGACCCGCCGCCGUUCAAGUUUCGCAACCAGGAGCACCUCGACGGCUGGUUGUCGUACCAUACCUUUGGAGGGCCUAUGAUCCGCCUCGCAGUCCUCCACUGCGGGGAUCCUGAGAAGAUUGGCAUCAGACUGGAGCACACGCAUUGCUAUUCAAAUGAGAGGGGAGAGGGGGCUCACUACCAUUACGAUCUACAAGACUCUCCCGAGAACGAGGAGGUGGAGUACGAAAGAUACUUCAACACCAUCAAGACCUUCCACCAGAUUAAUUACGCGAGAACGGACUAG